AUGACGAUUCUCACACUCCUUCGCCGUCCGGCAAUAUCCUGUCUACGAUCCACAGCUUCAUCAUCAUCACGAAGAACAUUCACAUCCCUCCUCCGAACUCCAACCACCAUAAUCACCCUCCAAACCCGUCCAACCCUCCAUUCUUCACCCACAUCCCUCAUCCCACAAACCACAUCAUCAACAUCACAAACAACAUCAACAUCACUACUCCUCCCACUACAGGGUCUAACACAAACCCGAGGUCACAGACGAAAAACCUAUAACCCAUCUCAUAUCGUUCGAAAACGCAGGUUUGGGUUCUUGGCUAGGUUGAGGAGUAAAACGGGUAAGAAUAUCUUGAAGAGGAGGAAGGCGAAGGGGAGGAAGAUGUUGACGCAUUAG